UUUUUUUUUUCUCUUAGGGUCUUAAAAAUCAGGUGUGGUCAUUUUGUAACUUUAAUGCCACCUCUUCAGAAAAAUCAAACCAGAGCACAUGCUUGAAAACCCUCCAGUAAUGAUGACCUGUACGGUUCUUUUCUAGACAUAACUACAAGAUAGAUUUUUAACCAUGAACAGUAUUGCCAAAAGCCUUUUGAAAUCGGUUAAACACGGCCGAGCUGCGUGGCUGAGAAGCAGCUCUGCUCCCUCUGGAAAAGAGCAUCUUCGGAAACUAGUUCUGGGAAUAGAGACGAGCUGUGAUGACACCGGCGCUGCUGUGGUGGAUGAUGGCGGCAAUAUUCUGGGAGAAGCACUGCACUGUCAGAAGGAAGUCCAUAUACAAGCGGGUGGAAUAAUUCCUGUGGUGGCACAGCAGCUUCACAGAGAAAACAUCGAGCGGGUGGUGAAGGAAGCACUGGGUGUAGGCGGAGUUUCUGUAGAUGAACUCGCAGCUAUUGCAACUACAGUAAAACCAGGACUUGCGCUGAGCCUUGAGGUGGGGCUGCAGUACAGCCUGGACUUGGUGGACAGGUACCAGAAGCCAUUCAUACCCAUUCAUCACAUGGAGGCUCACGCACUGACCGUCAGGCUGACACAUCACGUGGAGUUUCCCUUCUUAGUCCUCUUACUCUCUGGAGGCCACUGCAUCUUGGCAGUAGCACAGGGAGUUUCAGAUUUCCUUCUGCUUGGACAGUCCAUAGAUAUAGCACCAGGUGACAUGCUGGAUAAGGUAGCAAGAAGACUCUCUUUAAGAAAGCACCCAGAGUGCCACAGCAUGGCUGGGGGAAAGGCGAUAGAGCACUUGGCUCAAACUGGAAACCGGCAACAGCACAGCUUCAGACCUCCCAUGCAACAAUAUCGUAACUGUGAUUUUUCUUUUUCUGGACUUCAGAACCUUGUCAAUAAAGCCAUUAUGCAGAAAGAAAAAGAAGAAGGUAUUCAAGAAGGUGAGAUCCUAUCCUGUGUUAAGGAUAUUGCUGCUGCUGUGCAGCAUGCAGUGGCUGUUCAUAUUAUCCAGCGGACAUACCGAGCCAUGCUGUUCUGCAUAAAAAAUAGCAUAUUAUCAAAAAAUGCAACUUUGGUUGCAUCGGGAGGAGUUGCAAGUAAUCAGUAUAUCCGAAAAGGCCUACAGACUUUGGCAGAUGCAAAUGAUUUUGCUUUUCUGUGUCCUCCUCCAAGACUGUGCACUGAUAAUGGUGUUAUGAUUGCAUGGAACGGCAUUGAAAGGUUACGCAGAGGACUCGGUGUUUUACACAGUACUGAUGGCGUCCGCUAUGAACCAAAAGCUCCCCUUGGAACUGAUAUUUCAAAAAGAGUUGAAGAAGAUUCCAUCAAGGUGCCAAAACUAAAAAAGAAGAUACGAUGGUUGGCAUCCUAAAAAGUAAAGUAAAUGCAACUAUAAAUUGUUCAAUAAAAACUGUUUCAAUGCUGUUACAUUUCCUGAUAGUACCUGGCUUACAACUGUUGAAAAAUCACCUGUCAGAGAAAUAAAUGCUAUGUGGUAUCACCAAAAUGAGUCCAUGUGCCGUUCCACAAGUAUCUAAGAGUUCUAGGUAAUUAAUAACAAAAAAAAAUUAAAAGUGCACUUGCUAAUAAAAAUUUCAUUUGUGUAGAUUUAUUAUCUCCACUGUUUAUACUUCAUAACUUAUAAUGUUUAUAAAUUUAUUUUACCAUAUUAUAAAUUAACAAUACAUAAUCCAUACAAGACUUCUAGUUUAUACUAUGUGUUAAAAAAAAUUCGUAACUUCCAUGAUUGAAAAGUUACAGAAAAUGAAUAUGAGAGAGUACAGGUUUUCAAGAUCUCACUGUGUUAGCUGUGCCAGUACAAUUGAAUUGCAGCAGUACCUAAUUUUCUGCUCCUGGUGUGAGAAGCCUAUUCUUGCUUAUACAAAAUUAAA